CAUUAUCAUCACUGCUUCUAUUAUUUAUCUUUCAAAUACCAAUAAAUAUCCAACUUUGUUUUUGCUUCUCUCUCUUUCAACAUUAUAAAAAAAAAUUCAUUUUUUCACGUUGAUAAGAGAAAUUGUUGGACACUUGAUAGAUAUGUCUUCAUAUUUUUCAAGCUUUGGUACAAAAAUCCCACGUAUGGGGAAAGGGUACGAUGAUGUCUUCACAGUGACCAAGACCAAGCAUGCAGUGAAGCAACCAGUUUCAUGCUCCAACUAUAAAGUGCCCAACAACCUCUCAAAGCAGCACAUUGGUUUUGUGUCAAAAUUUCCCGUGAUGGAGGAGGAGCAGCAGAAAAGGUUGGAUGUUUUGCCUGAGUUAUCAGAGGAUUAUUCCAAGGAAUUGGAGGUGGCUGUUAGAGCAGUGCAGAUGGCGUGUUCCCUCUGCCAGAGAGUGCAGGACAGUAUAAUUUCCGACACUGGGUCUGUCACCAAUCAUCGUCAGGUGCAGUCCAAGGAUGAUAAUUCUCCGGUUACAGUAGCAGAUUGGAGUGUUCAAGCAAUUGUCAGCUGGAUGUUGUCAGAAUGUUUAGGGAGUCAAAAUGUCUCGAUUGUUGCUGAAGAAGAUGUUCAAAGUCUGUCCAAAGCUAAUUCAUCUGAACUGUUAGAAGCUGUGGUUGAAACUGUGAACCAAUGUCUAGCUGAAGCACCUCGAUUUGGAGUUCAGGAGCCAAAAUGUGCUCUUUCAACUUCAGAUGUUCUUGAAAUCAUUGGUCGCUGUAGCUCAACGGGGGGUCCCACCGGAAGAUUUUGGGUACUGGAUCCUGUUGAUGGCACAUUGGGUUUUGUACGUGGAGAUCAAUAUGCUGUAGCUCUAGCACUCAUAGAGGAUGGAGAAGUGAAGCUUGGUGUUCUUGGAUGUCCUAACUACCCAAUGAGGAAGGAAUGGUUAAGUUAUCAUCACCGCUAUCAUAGGAUUAUAUCCAAGUUGACUCCUCCAACAGCUGAAACUUGGAACAAAGGUUGUGUACUAUAUGCUAAAAGGGGUAGUGGGAAGGCUUGGAUGCAACCGCUGAUCCAUGUCAAUAAGAUGUUUGUGUGGCCAAACCAUGCAAAACAAGUUUCUGUCUCUCCCAUUGACAAUCCUGCACUUGCCACCUUCUGUGAACCAGUUGAGAAGGCCAAUUCAAGCCAUUCUUUUACUGCAGGGCUGGCUCACACUAUUGGUCUCAGGAAACAACCGUUGAGGGUAUACAGCAUGGUAAAGUAUGCAGCAAUAGCUCGUGUGGAUGCUGAGGUUUUCAUGAAAUUUGCAAGGGCUGGUUACAAGGAGAAAAUAUGGGAUCAUGCUGCAGGUGUUAUCAUCAUACAGGAAGCUGGUGGGAUGGUAACAGAUGCAGGAGGACUUCCCCUAGACUUCUCAAAAGGCUUAUAUUUAGAAGGCCUUGAUCGUGGCAUAGUUGCUUGUUCUGGAGCCACACUACAUGCAAAGAUCAUUGAUGCAGUUGAUGCUAGCUGGGGCUCUUCUGGCCUCUGAGGCUGCUUCAAUUAACCUAUAUACGUAUACACUGAAAAUAAUGUUAAUAAUGAUCCAUCUUUUCUUUUUCUGUUCUACAUUACAUCUUACAUAUCCCCAUGCUUCACCAGUUAUUUUUUAUGUAUUGCUAACAACUUACGAAUUUCUUAGCUCACAAUUCUAUUGUUUGGCAUUGUAAUAACGCUAAAUUGUCAUAAUAUUUCAUCAUCCCGAAUGCCAUGUACUGAAAGUGAUUCUUCUUGAGAA